AUGUUUGAUUCCAGCACAUUGCCCUUUGCUGAAUUAAGGGUUUGGUCGUCGUUAGUACACGGUCUGUCGUUGUACAUAUUUUUUGCUUUCUUCGUUUAUUUAAUUUAUCAUUGCCUUACUUCACACUAUUUUCAUCAGGUCCGUUCAACUUUUUGGAGAGAUUUGUGUGGUUUGAUAUUACUUAUCCGGUUGAGAUGGAAUAUUUGGAAACAUAUGAGGAUUAAUGAACCGUUGCAUCAAAUAUUCUUGCGGAAUGUUAAAAAUUAUCGUGAUAAAGAAGCGCUGGUUGAAGUGGACACAGGCAAAAAGUUCACGUUCCAUGAAAUGAAUCAACUGUGCAAUCAGUAUGCAAACUACUUCCAGUCACAAGGUUACAAAAGUGGUGAUGUAAUAGCAUUGUUUCUUGAAAAUUGCGCUGAUUUUCCUGCCAUCUGGCUUGGAUUAAGUAAAAUAGGUGUUGUCACUUCGUGGGUGAAUAUAAACUUGAAGGCAGAACCACUCGCUCAUUCAAUCAACAUUUCGAAGUCAAGUUCUGUUAUCACCAGCAGUGCACUUUUACCUGUGUUGGAAGAUAUAUUAUCAUCUGGGAAAUUAAAACAAAUGCAGGUUUAUGUCAUAGAUGAUAUUGGUAAUAUUAAAAAUGGCAUAUUGUCAUUGGCAACGAAAAUACCUUUAAUUUCCUCCGAAGAGCCAGUCGUUAAUGAAAAACCAACGUUCAGAUCAGUGCUUUGUUAUAUCUUCACAUCAGGAACAACAGGGAAUCCCAAGCCUGCACUCAUAAAGCAUUAUCGAUACUAUUGGAUGGCAAUAGGUGUAGCCAAGUCCUUUGGUAUCUUUACCACAGAUCGUUUAUAUGUAAUGAUGCCAGUUUACCAUAGUGCUGGUGGAAUUCUCGGUAUCGGACAGACUGUGCUACAAGGUAGCACCUGUGUUAUCAGGAAGAAAUUCUCUGCGAGUUGUUUUUGGAAAGACUGUAUUAAAUAUAAUUGUAAUGUCAGUCAGUAUAUCGGUGAAAUUUGCAGGUAUCUUCUAGCUCAGAAUGAUGUUGCGGAAACGAAGGGACACAAAAUACGUCUUAUGUUUGGUAAUGGUUUACGGGCGGAAAUUUGGCCAGAAUUCGUGAAUCGUUUUGGCAUCCAGAAAAUUGGUGAACUCUAUGGUAGUACAGAAGGCAAUUCAAGCAUUGUGAAUAUAGAUAAUCAUGUCGGCUCUUGUGGUUUUAUUCCGGUACACCCUUUUGUGAAAUAUUUAUAUCCUGUGCGUUUACUCAAAGUUGAUGAUGAUACUGGUGAAUUAAUUCGUACAAAAGAUGGGUUUUGUGUAGCGUGUAAACCUGGUGAAACUGGUGAAAUGGUCGGUGUUAUUAUGGAUAAUGAACCUUUACUUAGCUUUGAAGGGUAUUUAGACGAGAAAGAUACUGGGAAGAAGAUAAUAAGAAAUGUUUUACGUAAAGGUGAUGCUGUUUUUACAUCAGGCGAUAUUAUAUAUUGGGAUAAUCUAGGAUAUUUAUAUUUCAAGGAUCGGAAAGGCGACACUUAUAGGUGGAAGGGCGAAAAUGUCAGUACCACAGAAGUGGAAGGCAUUUUACAACUUCUGAAAUGUGUAGCCGAUGUUGCUGUUUAUGGUGUCGAAAUACCGAACAGAGAAGGUCGUGCCGGUAUGGCUGCCGUCGUCAUAGCAGGAGACGAGUUUUUAAAAGAUGCGAUAUAUAAAAUAACGGAACAUCUCAAGAAUAGUCUUCCCUCCUAUGCUAUUCCUAUUUUCUUACGUUUCUGCAAGGAUUUCGAACGGACAGGUACUUAUAAACUGAAAAAAAUGAGUCUAAGGAAAGAGGGAUAUGAUUUAUCGCGUUUUAACGAUGACAUAUUUAUUUGGGAUUCUUCCAUUAAAUCUUAUAAAACAUUCGAUAAAAAGUUACAGCACCAAUUGGAUGAUGGUAUUUAUAUGGGCAUCUGA